AUGCGGCUUUUGAAUGUGGUCGAUGAGCGACUCGAGAGCUUCUUCGGCGACGAGAAUGAGGUCCCACCAUACGGGAUUCUAUCGCAUCGGUGGGGGAGAGACGAAAUAACCUUUCAAGAUCUAACACAAGGGUCACUACAGGACUUACAGGGCCGUCAGUCAUUCUCCAAGAUCUGGGAUCUUCUGGACCGGGCCGAUAAAGACGGUUUAUCCUAUGUCUGGGUCGACACAUGCUGCAUCGACAAAACUAGCAGCGCAGAGCUCUCAGAGGCCAUCAACUCCAUGUUCAGGUGGUAUCAGCAGUCAGCAAAGUGCUAUGUCUACCUCGACGAUUUCGACACUACUCUCAACAGCAAGAUUAUUAAGUAUGACCAGGCUGACAGAUAUGUUGUCCUCGAUGAAUCAGAUACUUCUUUCUUCGAUAGCCUGUGGUUUACCAGAGGAUGGACCUUGCAGGAGCUCAUAGCACCACGAAAUGUUGAGUUUUACGACAAGAACUGGAUGAGCUUUGGUUCGAGAGACGGCACGCUUCUCGAUCGUAUUUGCAAAAGGACUGGCAUCUGGCCGCAGUUGUUUCGAGAACCGCGGUGUACAUGCCCAAGCUUUAUAGGGCAUUAUCUCUUUGCAGUUCGCAACGGUAUCUGUGCUGACUGUCAAGGACUUGACACACUCCCUCAGACUUUAGACUCCUUCGCCGUCUCCAUAAAAAUGAGCUGGGCAUCGUCCCGUAUUACGACGCGCAAAGAAGAUGCGGCCUAUUGCCUCCUCGGUCUCUUCAACUUAAACAUGCCCUUGCUAUAUGGCGAAGGUGACAAGGCAUUCUUGCGUCUUCAAGAGGCUAUCGUCCGGCAGUCAAAAGACCAGUCAGUCCUGCUAUGGCGCGCUCGGCCUGAUGUUGCACCUCAAGGGUUUGCACCAGGCUGUUUGGCUCCUUCAUCCAGUGCCUUCAAGGAACCUGUUCACAUUCUUGGCCGCCGGGUCUUCAACAGGGUCGACAAGAAGUAUGAGGCUAAUUUCCUCGGCAAUUUGGCUACCAUGGAGAUCACUGAUACAGCUAUACGUACCAGCCUGUGGAUUUGUCCUUGCAAGGUGGUGCCGGACGGAACGCAGACUCCUUCUCGAAAUCUCUGGCUGGGUAUAAUGCAUCUUGCAUACGACGAUGAUUACCUUGUGCGACCUGCCUUGCUGCUAGAGUAUAUGGGAACUGUCGAUAUGUACCGAAGGGUAUACCAUCAGCAUAUUGUUCCCGUAAAUCCCAGGAUAACUCGAGGUUCGUUCGUUGUAGAGUCAUCAAUUGGCGAAGUCGAUCGACGUUUGUCGCUCACCCCAACCCUCGACGAGGCCACCACGAAGGACAUCAGCAUUCUGCUUCAACAAAGCCCUAUCAACGCAACGGCCGGUCCUUCUCCUGAAGAGGGUCCGGAGACUGGCCCGGUGUAUUUCGUUUUGGAUAAGCAGAAGCUGAAUUUUACUAUGGACAGCGGAGGUAGCCAUCCUCCUUUUAGUCGUUAUCAAGGUCGCGCCACCCAGAUACCGUCUCGCUGGGCAUUCAAAAAGUGUCAGCAUAACGGAGACGGUGAGAGAUAUUUUGGCGGCAUCCAUUUUGUUAAUUUUAUGCUUGAGGACCCGGAAAGAUCAAAUACAGGUGACGGGCCAAGUGGACGAGGUGCUGGUCGAUUUGCGUACACCGCUGUCAUAUGGGGCAUACAACGCGAAGUGCUCAAAGAGACUGCCGAUGCGUCUCCAUGGCAUCUGUGGUGCCGGGUUUUUGAUCUUCCCAGCUUCAUACAACACGCCUGGACUUCAGCUGAAGAUCUCCAGCCAAACCAGCUCUAUGGCGAGAUUGACGGUCUCAGUGCAGGCGAGAUCCAGAGGCGCAUGAAGAACCAGCGGUCGCGGCUCUGCCUACCCGAAUAUGAGAAGCUCGAGAUCCCACAGGCAUCGGGUCCGAAAGCACUGUUCCCUUCUUCGUAUGGAGACAGUUGGGCGGAAGAUAAUAUGAGUGAUGGUGAGAGGCAUAUGGCAGCCAAGGUUGCAUUGGUUGAGGGGCUGGGUCGGAGGGUUUUUGAGCUGCAUAUCAAGAUCAAGGCUAGGGGAGGGAAGAACACACAGGACCUUGAUCCUAGAUAA